AUGUCUGUAGCAGCCGCCGCCGCCCGAGCGGUACCAGCCGUCGCUCCUGCCGCUGCUCCUGCGCCUCAGGCUGCCGCCAAGCCUGUCUCCAGCGAGGCCCAGGCCGACCUGGACCGUGCCGCCCUCGAGGCUCUCGAGCUCGACUCGGACGUCAUCACCUCCGUCCGACUUGACGGCCUCGCCCUCACCAAGAUCGUGAAGCACUGCCGCGAUGCACACCCCGCCUCCGCCUCCGGCGCCCUCCUUGGUAUGGACCUUGGCGGAACGCUCGAGGUCUCCAACGCCUUUGCCCUGCCCAACCCCGGCCGUGGAGGUGCCGAGCGCGACGAGGAGGACGACCGCAGCAGCCGCAACGCCACCAAAUAUACCACCGACAUGGUCCAGCUUCUCCGCGAUGUCAAUGCCGACGCCAACCCCGUGGGUCUCUACCAGGGCUGCUUCCUCGGCGCUUUCCUCAACUCGUCGGUCGUCGAUGGCCUCGCUGCCAUCGCCGGCCUGAUGGAGCGCGACGGUGCCAGCGGCCGAGGCAAGGGCGUCCUCAUCGUCCACGACCUUGCCCAGUCUGCCCAGGGCAACACCGCGGUGAAGGCGUACCGCCUCUCGCCUUCGUUCGUCGAGGCCCACAAGAAGGGCAAGUUCCACACCCAGAGCCUCAUCGACCACAAGCUCACCUUUGCCAACAUCCUCGUCGAGAUCCCCGUCUCGCUCCGAAACACCGCUCUCCUCGACGCGUUCCUCAGCAGCAUCUCCACACCAAGCGCACCGGGCCCUUCCAUCGUGCAGCCCAGCACCUCGGACCUGCUGCGCAACCCACCCACCGCCGCGCUCGCCCCUUCGUAUACCUCGCUCAACCUCGCAUUGGAGCCCGUGCUCGCCUCGUCGCUCGAGGCGACGCUGGAGAUCAUGGACGAGCACGCCGCCGAGGCCGGCAACGUCGGCUUCCAGGCGCGCCAGCUCGCCCGUGAGAAGGCCAAGGCCGACGCCUACCUCACUCGGAAGAAGGCCGAGAACGCCGCACGCGAAGCUCAGGGCCUGGCGCCUCUUCCCAUUGAGGACGUCAACCGCCUGUUCAAGAUCCCCGCCGAGCCCUCGCGCCUCGAGGCGACGCUGCUGCUCGGCCAGAUCGACAGCUCCGCGAAACGCCUUGCCGAGACUGCAGCCCUCGGCGUCAUUCAGCUCAACGCCGCCAAGACGGGCGCUGUGUAA